AUGGAUAUUCAGUGGAGUGAGCAGGGCGCAACCAAGACAUUGCGGCGCCUCGGAGACAGCCUGGAGGUGUUCCGGAUCCGGAUAGCCAAAUUAAGGUCGGACAAUCUUCGGACGAGUAACACAUACAGUGACAUACUCUUUCUGGUAUUAAUGAUUCUUGAAGAUCAGUGGUGCGCCAAAAGCUUGCAGCUAUCAGGCCAAAAUCAAGAGAUAGGCUCAUGCUACGAUAUAUAUAGAGAUAUCAGUAUGCGUUGGCGCUUCCCACCGGAAGAAUCCAAGGGAGACUUGCGAUAUGUGAUGACGGUGGCAAAACACUUCUCAAUCCAUGCUAGUCCGACAUUUAAUUGUGCCCAGCUCGGAUCGAAGGAUUUCGAUCAGACCUCUAGACCCGCACGCUCCAUGGCAUCUAUAUGGCCUUCUACGCCCAGCUGCACUUCUCGUAGCACUUAUCAAGCGCUGCAAAACGAGAUAGAGAUGGAAGUAAUCGACGAAGACGAAUCUGCGUUUGUUGGUGCAGGCGCUGUACUGGGACUUUCCCAUUGGACGCCAAUUAUCUGUCCGACUCCGAGGCGAGCGCCAGCGCAUCAUAAAGCGUCCAAACCAGUGUCCAUAGAAACAAGCCAUGGAACGCUAUGCGACCGACUUAUCAAGGCCAUUGGGGAUGGUUCCAGCAAGCGUCCGUACACACAUAUAAAAAUAAGCAUCACCGCGGUGACAGUUCGGACCACACCUACUGGUAUCUCAAGCAUUCUUUCACUUUGCAAGCUUGUCAUCAAGGCAAGAGCAUUGUUCGAGCUCACCAGGCUUCACUGGUUUCCAGUGGGGUGCGACUUCAUCCAUAUGUUUUGACAUCUGGACUUGACUAUGGCAAAAGGAAAUCAUAUUUGUGAAAAUGAAUAAAGUGUGAGGGGAAUGACGAAUGGGGUGCGACGAGUGAUACUGAAUUAAUGGCAAUGAUUCGUGAUGCCAGUGAGUGGAAACCCGGAUGGCUAAUAAGGCAAUGAAUUUGCCUCCUGGUCAUCGCCAUAUUAUCC